CAGCAGAAAACAGAAGCAGCAGCAGGGAAACAGCAGCAGCAGCAAACAGCAGCAGCGAAAGCAGCAGCAGCAGCAGCACUACAGCAGCGGUAGAAGCAGCGAGGCAGCAGCAGCAGCAGCAGCAGCAGGGAAACAGUAGCAGCAGCAGUGAAACAGCAGCAGCGAAUGCAGCAGCAGCAGCAGCACUACACCAGCGGCAGAAGCAGCAAGACAGCAGCAGCAGCAGCAGUACAGUGGCGGCGGCAGCAGCAAAACAGCAGCAGCAGCAAGCGAAUGGCGGACUGGGUCAAUGUCUUCUCUUGCAAGAUUCGGAAAAGACGCGAGAGCUUCUGGAGGGGGAGGAGUCACCUGCAGCAAACGGACUGCAGCAGCAGCAAGAUGUCUAG